AUGGAAGCAUCCUUGAACGCUUAUCGAGAUGAACAACCUCCUUUGCAGGCUGAAAAUUUCUGUAGAAAACAUGAAAAGAACAGCAAGUUGUCAGGAGUAAAAAUAGAUAUUGAAAAACUUUAUGAAGCAGUGCCACAGCUUGUAAAUGUGUUCAAAAUUAAGGAAAAAAUUGGAGAAGGUACUUUUAGUUCAGUUUAUUUGGCCACAGCCCAGCUACAAGCAGGAUGUGAGGAAAAAAUGGCUUUGAAACACCUAAUUCCAACUAGUCAUCCUCUACGAAUUGCUGCUGAACUUCAGUGCCUUACAAUAGCAGGGGGGCAGGAUAACGUUAUGGGAGUUAAAUAUUGCUUUAGAAAAAAUGAUCAUGUAGUUAUCGUUAUGCCAUAUCUGGAACAUGAAUCCUUUUUGGAUGUUUUGAACUCUCUCUCUUUUGAAGAAGUACGAGAAUACAUGUUUAAUCUGUUUAAAGCAUUGAGGCGCAUUCAUCACUUUGGUAUUGUUCACCGUGAUGUCAAGCCCAGUAACUUCCUGUACAACAGGCGGCUGAAAGAGUAUGCCCUAGUAGAUUUUGGUUUGGCACAAGGAACCCCUGAUACGAAAAUAGAACUACUCAGAGUUGUCCAGUCUGAAAGCCAACAGGAAAGUUGCUCACAAAAUAAGCCUCACCUAACCUUGGGAAACAGGGUUUCUGUCAAUGUUACAGCAUCUAGACAGAUAGCUCAACAGUCAGCCUCAAAAACAUCUGAUAAAUGGUGCUGCUCACUUUCACAAAUGCAGAUUAAACAAGGAAAAGAAGGAAAGGAGGGGUCUGCGCACCAUUCUGUCCAGCGCUCUGUCUUUGGAGAGAGAAAUUUUAAUAUUCAUAGCUCCACAUACCAGGAGAGCCCCACAAUAAAAGUCAUAAAGCAAUCAAAGGUGAUGGAUGUUGCAUCUAGAAAAUUAGCAACAAAGAAGAAGAUUAUUUCUACAAAAGCAGUGAACAAUGGUGUAGCCAGGAAAGCUGCCAACAGUUGCCCAGCUAUCUUGACCUGUGACUGUUAUGCAACAGAUAGAGUUUGCAGUGUUUGCCUUUCAAGACGUCAGCAAGUUGCUCCUAGGGCGGGUACACCAGGAUUCAGAGCACCAGAGGUGUUAACUAAGUGCCCUACUCAGACUACAGCAAUUGAUAUGUGGUCUGCAGGAAUCAUAUUCCUUUCUUUGCUCAGUGGACGGUAUCCAUUUUACAAAGCAAGUGAUGAUUUAACUGCUUUGGCACAAAUCAUGACUAUUCGUGGAUCCAGAGAAACUAUUCAGGCUGCUAAAACGUUUGGCAAAUCAAUACUGUGUACUAAAGAAGUCCCAGCACAGGAUUUAAGAACACUCUGUGAAAGACUGAGAGGAACAAAUAGCAGCUGUGCUAAAUCAACAAGCGAUGUGCACACCAACUCUUUAUAUGAACCUGCUUUGGCAAUUGACACAGACAAAAAGGUAGAGUUUGCUCCCCAACCACCUGGGGAAAAAAUCCAGCAUCUGAAGAACUGUCAUGAAGGUAACAAUGGCUUGGAAAUUAAGAUAACAGAAAAGGCAACUGAUUUGAAAGGAUGGGACAGAGUUCCUGAUGAGGCUUAUGAUCUACUUGAUAAGCUACUGGAUCUAAACCCAGCUACAAGAAUAACUGCAAAAGAGGCUUUGCUGCAUCAUUUUUUUAAAGAUAUCAGACAGUGA